AAGAUUUAUAUUAGAUAUUAAACCUAAAAUGGCAUAAGGGGAGAAUUGAGAAGUUAGGGAGCCAAAGCGCGGGACGCCGUUGUCCAUGGAAACAACAACAUGACCGAUUCUUAAGGCGACAGAUCGAGAGAAUGGAUGUCCAUGAAAUCGAGAAAGACGAAGAUGACGGCCCUCCUCCUGGAUGGGAACCCAUCACUCCAUCCUUGCCUCUACCGCCGCAGCCGCAACUUUCUCCAGCUGACAUGGCACAAAUGGUCUGUGGUACAUGCCGUCGCCUGCUUAAGUAUUUAAAGGGAGCCAGAUAUGUUCAAUGCUCUUGGUGUUCAACAGUUAACUUUGUGUUAGAAGCUCACGAGGUUGGACAAGUUAAAUGCGGUUCUUGUGCGGUGUUGCUUAUGUACCCAUAUGGAGCAUCAUCAGUUAGAUGUUCUUCGUGUACCAGUGUGACAGAAAUUGGGGUUCAUAAUAGACGGCCACCGUGGUCUGUUCAGCAGGGACAAGCAGCCCCUCCUACCAACUUUGUUCAAUAGAAUUUGUUUUUCUGAGUUUCAUUUAGGAAAAGAUGUUCCAUUUUCUGAGUUUUUCUUUUCCGUUGCAGCCUUAAUCAGCAGGCAGAGAAAGAAAAGAGAAAACUAUCAAUCAUUAGUGCCACUUUUAUUUCCUUAUUAUUAGCUAUUGAGUUUAUGUAAAGAAACUUAGGAACUCACCUUCUUAACUUCCAACAUUUUUUUUUAUCUUAAGUUUUUUUGACUUGUGACUUGACUUGUUGCUUUAUGUUCAUUUUUUAUUGCUGCUGAUUGGAGCCCUUAUUAGUUGCUGCCAAUCUCUGGGGUGUACUUAAUUGUAAUUUGUAAAUGGUAUGAAUCUUUUUUAUUGUCAAA